CUUUCAUAUGAUUGUUGAGGGAGCUGCCAGUUGGUCCAAACACACCUGGAGAAAUGAGCUUUUUUGGGUUCGGCCAAAGUGCCGACAUUGAAAUACAGUUGGACGGUUCCGACACCCGAAAGAUGGCAGAGAUGAAGACAGAAGAUGGCAAGAAGGAGCGAUAUUUUCUGUACUAUGACGGUGAAAGUGUUUCUGGCAAGGUGAACGUCAAUCUCAAAAAGCCUGGCAGUCGUCUAGAACAUCAAGGUGUCAAAAUAGAAUUCGUCGGUCAAAUUGAACUUUACUACGACCGAGGGAAUCACCACGAGUUCACCUCACUGGUGAAGGAGUUAGCAAGGCCUGGAGAACUCCCACACAACACUUCCUUUGAUUUUGAAUUUAACCAAGUGGAAAAACCAUAUGAGUCUUAUUCUGGAACAAAUGUUAGACUAAGAUACUUCCUCAGAGUAACAAUUGUCAGAAGAUUGUCAGACAUUGCACGAGAAAUGGAUCUGCUGGUACACACGCUCUCGUCCUAUCCCGAGAUGAACAACUCCAUUAAGAUGGAAGUUGGUAUUGAGGAUUGCUUGCACAUUGAAUUUGAAUACAACAAAUCCAAAUACCACUUAAAAGAUGUUAUUGUUGGCAAGAUAUAUUUCCUGUUAGUACGCAUCAAGAUCAAGCACAUGGAGAUUGCUAUCAUUAAAAGGGAAACCACAGGCUCAGGACCAAACACCUUCAAUGAAAAUGAAACUAUUGCCAAGUAUGAAAUAAUGGAUGGAGCUCCUGUACGUGGGGAGAGCAUUCCCAUCAGAGUGUUCUUGGCCGGCUAUGACCUCACCCCUACCAUGAGGGACAUAAACAAGAAGUUCUCGGUCAGAUACUACUUGAACCUGGUCCUUGUAGAUGAAGAGGAACGGCGCUACUUCAAACAACAGGAAAUCACACUGUGGCGCAAAGGGGAGCGGUUACGACGCCCCUUACAACAGCAACUAAUGGCGCAACAACAGACCCUUCAACAGAUGUCACUCAACAACCAACAGAGCAAAUUCCCACAGUCACACCCACAGGGCCAGCCACCAGAAUUUGUAAGUGAAGAACCCAAUGAGAGAGACUGUAAGAAACUGCACAGUGUUGAGAGCUGCCAUCAGUCUCCCCAAAUGACGGCUGCAGGCGCUGAGCCUCCAUCCCCACAACAGUCACAGUCUCCUAUGCAUGAAGAGGCCCCAGAACAACUACCCACAAACCCCUCUCCACAGCCCCAGGCUAGACAACAGCACUUUAUAGCCCCUCCUCCACAGCCAGAACCAGAAUUAGAGCCAAUAGACGAUGACGACACCACCCCAAAGCUCCCCUCCCCACCCACGGAGCUUCCAAACAGUAUUGAUUCUCCCGAGGAAGAAUUCUUAGAGGCUGAAGGAGGUUUACCUUCAGAGGAGGAGGAGGAGGACGUGGACGAGCGGGAACCAGUUAAAUCUUCGUCGGCAGUAACACAAGAGCCUGUUCCAGUCGCUCAGUAGUAGACAAUCAAUCUCUAUACAGUACCAGGUAGACACAGUUAGGUUGGGGAUGGGGAUAGGGUAAUUUAAGACCCAGUAACAGGGUUCACAAGACCUGUUUUAGUUAUGUUCAGUUGGAUAUUGAUUUACUUGCUUUGUUUCAAUAUAUUGCUGUUAACUUUUCAUAAUUAAAACAGGUUUGUUUACCAAAUAUAUGAUGGUAAAAAAAAUAUAUAUGAUUAAUCUAACCCUCAAAUGUGUAUUCCAUUUUGGGAUCCUGAUGAUAAUGAAUCUUACAAAGUAUCCGUGUGGAGAGCUGGAGAAGUGAGUCAUAAAUAAAACUAAUGAAAGGCGAAUGACUUGUAAGAAAUGAAUUGAGAGAGAUGUAUAUUGUGAACUUUUAGUACAGUAGUUAAGUAUAUAACAGAAAAGGCUUAAUUUAAUGAGAGUUAUGUUCCUGUUGAAUUUAUUAAGUUUAUGUAAUGGGAGUAAUUUUUUUUUUGUCACCUAAGAGUCUCUCAGACCAGAAAGUUGGUGAAUGUAGACCUUUGUACAACCAAUUUUUUUUCUCUCUGGUAUUGAUAAUUUUUCUAGCUCUGCAUUCUUGUUAUUAUUAUUAUUAAUAUUAUUA